GUUGUUCGCACGGGCCAGACGUCCUUCCAUCUGAUCACCAACGGUGGACUACAGUCCGCGGAAGUGCAUCGCAUGUCCGGUGACGGUCUUCUCAUAACUCACGAGUCCACCUCCUGCAUGACUUACUGCCGUGAGGACGCUCAGGGUUACCAGACCGUGAUCGAUAAUCGCACCAUCGUCUUCUCCAAGGAGUCCGACCUCUCUCUUCUCCGGUCCCCAUCGCCGGGAAAACUGGUCCAAUUCACUGUAUCAGACGGCGGCCACGUCUUCGAGAACGAGGUUUAUGCCCUGAUUGAGGUAAUGAAACUGGUCCUCGAGCUUCGGGCACCGGCGUCAGGCUGCAUAUUCCACAUGCGUUGCGCCGGAGCCAUCCUCGAGUCGGGUGCUCUCAUCGCUCGUCUGCAGUUGGAUGAUCCCCAGCAGUGCCCUGCCUUGACCUUGUUCACGUAA